CAUUGGAUUCUAACCAUAUCCAUUCUUUCAAAACCCAUCCAUGUUUCCAUCACUUAACCAACAGAGUCAAUCAACACAACACUUUUCUUCAGCACUCAACCUAGAUCAGAGUCUAGAGUUCUGGACAGUAACUACUGUCAAGCUAAUCUCUUUCUUUCUCUAUUCUUUUGUUAACUAAUUGAGUUUCUGGGUUUAUUGAAUUCUUCUUCCUGCAAUGCCAGGAACCAUCAUGGUUUCAGUACUGGAAUUCAUGGAUCUUCCAUUAUCUUCAGCAACAUCCAUAAGGGCUUCCUUGGGGAGAAUAGAGUACCAAGUGAAUGACAAGGAAAAGUUAUCUUUCCCCAUAACUAGCAUCCGUGAUGAUUUGAUUUUCAAAAUUCAGGAUGCUGAGGGGAAUGAAAUAUCACGUACAGGUAUUCAAAUCAAGUUGAUAUUAGAAAAAGGUGUUUUGGAAGACAAGUUUCCACUUUGGGGUGGCCAUCUGCGUUUGAAGUUGCAAGUCAUCCUUAGUGAUGAAGAGCGCGACAGAAUUCGUUCAUUGAGACAAUCUGCAUUGAAGAAAAAACAUGACGAGCUUCUUAGCAGUGGCCGAAGAGGAGAGGAAAGCGACAGCAGAGCUGUUCUUGGCAAUGCUGCAUUACCCUUCCGCAGAAAUGAUGAGAGGCUCUUUCCUGAUGUUUUAAGUGCUCCAUCUUCUCAAGAAUCACCAAAGAAACACCUUCAACAAGAUCUGGCUGCUUCCCGUGAUGAGAAGGAAUCUGAUGCUAGGACUCAGCUUGACCACAAACAGCUAAACCCAAACAUUGCAGAUGAAUAUAAGGAGUCCUCAUCCACAAAACCUGUGUCACAACACAAGGGUAAGAAGCCUGCUUAUCAGUCACCAUCUGAGAAACAUCCUCAGAGAGCUAUUGGUUCAGAAGAAAUUGCAGUUUUGUUUGGGUCAGAAAAAAAUGAUCUCCCGGCAAGUAAUCUGAUACAGCCACAUGAAGAGGAAAGUGGCCUUCAAUAUUCUGAGAAGAGAGCCUCACUGGGAAGAAUUCCAAGUAAUGUGAGGAAGAUGAUAAGUGCCUUUGAAGGUGGAUCUGCUCAGGAUAAGAAAUCUCAGAUUAAACCACCUCCAACAAAACAGCAAGAAAGUUCAGAUGAAAGAAGAUAUUCUUCCAAGACUCAACAUUUGGAGAGAGAUAAGUCAAAGAAGACAGAGCUAGCAGACUUACAUGAAAGGGUGAAAAGUGCAUCCCUGAAUGAAUCACAUGUUGGAACUGGAACUGAGGGGAGUAAGCAUGAAAAGAUGGUGAAGAUUAAAGAUUCAAAGUCCAAGACCUCUGAUAACAAUGGGGAUGAAAAUUCUGGAGGACCAUUUAAUCAGGUUGUAAAAGUUGCAAUCAUUAUAGGAUUUGGAUUACUAGUUCUCCUAACCAGAAAAAGAAGAAAGAGUAAUGGAGAGAGGCAAAGGGAUGUAUUUAACUUUCUGAAUUUACCAGAAUGAAGAAGAAGAGUGCCUGAGAAUAAGUUCAACAAAUCUCAAUUCCCAAAUUCUUCAUUUGUUGAUGCAUGCACAAGCAUCCACAGGCUGCAAUCAAGUCAACAACUUACAAGUUUCUGAUAAUGGGCCAAAUUCAAUGCAGUCGUAUCCUGCUGGAUGAACAUCUUUCCUGGGCCUAUUCUAUGGCAAUGCUGAGACAGUUGCAUCCUUAUUAGCAACUAAAUAUGUUAAGAAAACGCAGUUGAGAGACUUAAGGAAAGCUAGAUUCAUUUUUCACACGGAUGAAGUAGAUUUCAAUAACUUUGUUCUUUUAUUGCUUCCAUGUACAAUAAAUUGGAUUAAAUCUGUAAAGUUUUGCGUGUUAAGGAUGGCUGCAACUAAUUAACCUA